AUGGCUCGCGCUGCCGGACCCGAGCGGCGGCUGCUGGCCAUCUACACUGGCGGCACCAUCGGCAUGAGGAGCGAGGGCGGUGUGCUGCUACCCGGGAGAGGCCUGGCCGCUGUCCUGAGGACGCUUCCCAUGUUCCACGAUGAAGGGUACGCCCAGGCCCACCACCUGCCCGAGGGGACGCUGGUGCUGCCCCCGGCCAGUCCUGACCAGAGGAUCCUCUACACGGUGCUGGAGUGCCAGCCACUCUUCGACUCCAGUGACAUGACCAUCACUGAGUGGGUUCAGAUUGCCCAAACCAUAGAGAGACACUACACACAGUACCAGGGCUUUGUGGUCAUCCACGGCACGGACACCAUGGCCUUCGCCGCCUCGGUGCUUUCUUUCAUGCUGGAAAACCUGCAGAAACCUGUCGUCCUGACUGGCGCCCAGGUACCUAUCCAUGCACUGUGGAACGAUGGCCGUGAGAACCUGCUGGGGGCCCUGCUCAUGGCUGGCCAAUACAUCAUUCCUGAGGUCUGCCUAUUCUUCCAGAAUCAGCUCUUUCGGGGCAAUCGGACCACCAAGGUGGACGCUCGGAGGUUUGCAGCCUUCUGCUCUCCCAACCUCCCGCCUCUGGCCACUGUGGGUGCAGAUGUCACAAUCAACCGCGAAUUGGUACGGAAGGCCAGCCGGAAGGACCAUCUGGUGGUGCACAGCAGUAUGGAGCGUGACGUUGGCCUCCUGCGCCUUUACCCUGGGAUUCCCGCCUCCCUGGUCCGGACCUUCCUGCAGCCCCCACUGAAAGGUGUGGUCAUGGAGACCUUCGGCUCUGGGAAUGGGCCCACCAAGCCAGACCUACUGCAGGAGCUGCGGGUGGCAUCUGAACAAGGCCUGAUCAUUGUCAACUGUACUCAUUGCCUUCAGGGGGCUGUGACUUCGGACUAUGCAUCUGGCGUGGCCAUGGCAGGAGCUGGCAUUGUCUCAGGCUUCGACAUGACGUCAGAAGCUGCCCUGGCCAAACUGUCCUACGUGCUAGGCCAGCCAGGGUUAAGCUUGGAUGACCGGAAGAAGCUGCUGGCCAAGAAUCUUCGUGGGGAGAUGACGCUGCCCAUAACGGAUGAGCACCAGUCCUUACUGCAAGAUGGCAUGUUGGGCUGCAGGGUAUCAUGGCUUCUCAGUCUGAAUGGCAGCCAGGAGGCUGAUACCAUGCAGGAGGUCCUGAUGUCCAGCCUGGCCCUGGCUGCAGCUCACGCUGGUGACCUAGACACUCUGCAGGCCUUUGUGGAGCAGGGCAGAGACCUCAACCUGAAGGACUGUAGUGGUCAGACCCCACUGCACGUGGCUGCACGGAGGGGCCAUGCCUCGGUGGUCACUAUGCUGCUGCAGAAGGGUGUGGAUGUGAAUGCCCACAAUGAAGAUGGCCAUAGCCCACUCCUGCUGGCCGUGAGGGGCAGGCAUCAGGGCAUCAUUGGGCUGCUGCGGGCCGCUGGGGCUUGCCUAUCUCCCCAGGAGCUGGAGGACGUUGGAACAGAGCUGUGCAGGCUGGCAUCCAGGGCGGACAGCGAAGGCCUGAGGGCAUGGUGGCAGGCUGGGGCUGACCUAGAACAGCUGGACUAUGAUGGACAUUGUGCUCUGCAAGUAGCUGAAGCAGCUGGGAAUGCGGAUGUGGUGGCCCUGCUACAGAGCUUUAAGGACAGGGUCAGCGCUCAGCCCUAGAUCCACUAAGUCCUGGGCUGGGCCGCCGUCCCCUCAGUGAGCUCCCAUUGAUCUGCAGCUGGAUCUUGGCCCCUGGCAUCCCAGAGCCGGUUCUGCAGACAGCCUG